AUUAAGCGCAUAAACAAUCAACCCAUGCAGCACAGCUGCCUCGACGCACCGAGUACGUGAGAUGGUACAGUAGCGAUUGUAGUUCGUGAGACUCGCACAGUUCAAAGCAAAUAGUGCGGGGUGUUUUUAUUUUCUGAUAACAGAACUCGUGGCAGAGUCAAAAGUAGUUCAAAAGACCGAACCAACGUUAGCUGGCUAACGUUAGCAGCUAUGGCGGAGGUCCCAGGUACUUCUAGUGAAACGAUAACGGAGACGGUCCAGACCAACACACCGCCACCGCCCCAGCAGGAGGGUCGAAGUCUGACCAUAAAACUCAGAAAGCGGAAAACGGAGAAGAAGGUGGAAUGGUCCAGCGACACUGUUGAUAACGAACAUCUGGGUAGAAGGUCCUCGAAAUGCUGCUGUGUGUACGAGAAGCCGCGUCAGUUCGGCGAGUCGUCCACGGAAAGUGAAGGGGAGGACGAUGAGGGGUGCGGAAGCGCGCACUGCAUCAUGGGCCACGGAGCAGGAGGCAGCCGACACAGACAGGGUGGCGGGGGAGGCGGAGGUGGUGGGGGAACAGCGCCCCCUAAUGCUGGGGGUCCCCAUGCCCACUGAUGGCCUCCCGUUGCCGCUGUAAGCUGGUGGCCAGUGGAUGGUGUGGUUUGCAGCCUGUGACGGGUCAUUAAGAUAGCUCUACUCACUCCCACCUCAUCUUACACAGUCAUUCACCUCAUUCCCUGACGAGAGUUUAAGAAUCACUCACAGACGUAGGAGCUGAGGCAAAAGAACCAAACGUUGUUCUUUCUGUUUGUUUCUUUGUUGAUUUGUUUGUUUUCCUCACAAUCAAAAUGCUAUGGAAUUGAUGGAUGUGUGAAGGAGGGUUGUAUGGGAAAGAGGUUGAGGCGUGGUUCAAUAAUUGUACAUAUUAUACAUAUCGGUUUUGCCUCUUUUUAUUACAUAGUUGAAUUCCCAUUGUUAUUUAUUUGUGUUUUUAAUAUUAGCUUCGAGGGUGUGUGUGUGUUUUUUUUAGCAAGUUCAUUAAACUGAGGUGUUUAAACUUGGGUUUUCAUGCUGAACACUUACGCUUGAAAGAGUUAUGAGUUGCAUUCUGGCUAAGUAACAAGUGUCACUGUAUAGAUACUCUUGAGGUGUUAAUGCAACACUUGAUAGAACCACACAGUAUCAGCAAUUGAGAUUGAAGAAUAUAACAUCACUACUAUAGAUCAUAACGAGUAAUCUUUGUGACCAUGAUGACGUGACCAUUAGUUGUGAACUCGCCAAACAGUUCUGCAUGGACACAAGCCAAUGGCAACCUGCUGCAGGUUCCGUAAUUCUGACAAUCUAUGUGCUGGGCUGGACUUGAAUUGAGUGGUUGUUCUACGGCCCAGGUUUAUGACUUAAGUGUGGUUGAAAGUGUGCGCCCAGUGGUGCCACACCUGUUGUGAGUAUAGAAAACAUUUGAUUCCCGAAGCACUCAUCAUGUAAUCUGAUGAGUCUUCAACCCUCUCUGUCCCCACCUCACCGCAGCGGAAAACAGCCUUUAGUGGUUGGCACCCAUUAACCAGCCUGUGAAACAGUGCUGUUGUGUUGAUUUUAUUUGCAGUCCCUUUUUUCCUGGAUGAUCAGGUGACUGGCAUAUUUCCAUAUUUAACCGGGUCUCUGCUUAAUUCACACGUUCAGGAACAAAAAUCACAGCAUCUCUCUUGCAUACUAAUGCUUUACAGUCAAAACAAAAAAAGGCUUCUGGCAGACACAGUCUUAAUAAGUUUUCCCACUCAGAUGGAAUCAGGAGGGGUAUUCUAGAGGGCAGGUUUAGUCAAGUACCUGGAUGUAAUUACACAAAGAGCAAGUGGUACGCCUCCUAGCCACUUGCCUCUUCUUCUAAAAGGUCUACUACUUACCCACAGUUGGCUCACCUGGGUCAGUAAGUAAACCACGUGGGAAAGUUAAGGCAUGUGGAAAUACUUGUCUGUCUCACAAUACUCAAACCUAACAGUCUGAGAGCCUCGCCAAGCUGAGUUUUGGGCCAAGUAACUACGCUAUGUGCAUGUUGUGGGUGUGUCCCUGCCCUUUAAUAGACAGGGGCCGUGUGCCUGUUGAUGUGUGUGUGAAGGCGAGUGCAUGGCUAUUCAUUGUCUGAAUUGGCGUUUUUGUAACCGAUUGAAGAUGUCUGGAAUCCAGCUUGGACUGGACUCUGCCACCUGGUCCUCUAUGUUCCACACGUUCCGACUGCUUGCGUUCACGUCACAGGAAUCUCCCAUAUGCUGUUAUACCAUGCGCCACCAUUUUCUACUUUACAAAAAACCCUGCAGUAUACACAACAUACAAGGAUGUUACUUAACUGAUGAUGCACAUGUGUGUGUAUAUAAUGGAAAAAAACAUAACAGAUUUAAUGUGAAUAAAGAGGUUUGACCUGUGAUUGCAAUGCUGCGUCUUGCA